CAAGUUUAAUGAAGUUUUUAAUUUAAUUCUCUUUUUGGUUGCAGUUUUCAAAUGACGGACCUAACGGAGAAUCGAUGUGCCUUCAGGGACCAGAUUGUUUUAUGUGUUGGGAGAACUGCGAACUGUUGCAGUCGAAUUUUCAAGUUUGGGGUGCCAUGUGCGACGAGAAAGAAAUAUGCUUUCCUGGAUGUCAAGAGGCCUGCCGUUUCCACGCCGAAGCAUCUACGAGGGCGCAGCAAGCUCAACCCGUAAUUCACACAAAGGGCGAGGGUGUAAUCCGGGUAUCUGGUGGGUUAGCAGUUUGGCCUAGGCCGUCAUCGUCAAGCACAACUACGCCUCUUAUCUACGUAGUUAUGCGAAAAUCUCAAUCUGGCCCUUGGCGUCAAGUUAUUCAAACGUUAGAUCUCACCACCCGCGUUCCACUAAACUCCGAUCAACCCGGGUCGAUGUUGCGAGUGCUCGUUGUCGACCCUCAGGGAUUAGUAACCAUAUACAGCCCAGAUGAGGCAAGCGUGCGAGACGGUAAAAAGAAAAAGAAAACUAUAAACACCGAAAUUAAAGCAACGACGAGUAAAAGCACUGGAAAUGACCUUAUUGAGCCGUGGACGUUAAGAGAAAUCUCCCUUAUCCACCAGAAAGUUUUAGUGAUAGGCGAAAUCGCAUGGGAACCUAAAGCAACCCGAGGAGUUUAUUUAGUAACUUGGGAAGUUGACGGUGGUGGACUUAAGGGAAAUUUAUUCACCGACUCUACUUGUGUGACCCUGUCCUUAUGGCCUGAUACUAUUUACCACAUUCAAGUCGAGUUAGUUUCACGAACACCAGGAGUCGAGAAUCUCAAAUCGGAAAUGAUGGAUCUAGAUACGGGAAGAGCUCAGAAAGUGUCAACUGAAAGUCAAGAGGAUCUAAAUAUGAUUCAAGGCGACGUUCGUGAAGACGUUGAUUUUAAUUCUCCCUUACUCUCUGUGCUCGUUGGUGCCGUACGAGGUGAAAAGUCGAUGCACAGAUGGCACAGCAUGGAGCUCGUUUUAGGAUGCAGUGCGGCCAUAGUUUUGUUCUCCCUAAUUUUAUUAGUAACAUUCUGGCGGUGUCGGCACCAUUCUGCGUUAGAUAAUCUGAUUACUGGAUCCACGUCGAUACGAAGUCACAAACUCGUAGAAGACUACACCGGAUAUUCAGGAUUUCAACCGGUGAUGACAGCUGUAGCGACCGUUAGCGCAAAAACCCACGCGAGUACAAGGUCUAGUCCGUCUCCUCCAAACCCGUUGACGCCGGACGUCGUUUUUUCUGGGGCGACCGCAACUGGUGUACACCGAAGUAGUUUAUUACAAGAAACCGAAAAGACUGUGCGAAAUCAAGUUAAUGUGUGACAUUAUAAUUUUGGUGCGUUUCUCGCCAGACGGAAUGAUUAAUUUAAAGUUCCUAAGUUACGUGAAAGUGAAAAAGUGGCGUUGUUUGUGCGAGUAAUGGAAAGCAUCUAGUGUCGUAAACUAAAUAAAACUUAUUUGUGUAAAAUGUGUAAAGAACUAGUCUUAAAAAAUCGACUGCGAACCUAUUAUAAUAAAUAAUAUUGCUGCUGCCAAGUGUAAAUUACUUUUCGCUAAACCAUUUUCAACAAGUUAAUAACAUAUUCGCCCCGACGAAGCUAUGAAUGUGUAAAUCCUUGUAAAGUGCUAAACUUAUUCUAAUUGAAUUUCAGUAUACCUGUCAAAUAUUUGGACAUUAGAUGACGUAGCCAGAUUAAUGUUCGUAUUAGUUUAGGUUCAUACGUCAAAUAUGUGGUCCUCGUUCGUAUUUAUUUUCGUAGAGGUCAGUUGAUCUCCAGGUGCCGAAUAAAAACUUGUUACAAAUGGACUUAAAACAUUUUCUACGGGAAUUUAAUUGUUCCACUUCUUUGCUUUUAUAUUAUACUAUGAAUUAUUUGACUCGAGCACUGCGGGAUCUCAACCUAACCGAUUAUUAAAUUAAUUUCGUUGUAAAUACUUUAUUGUAUUAUAAUUAUCUAUUAUACAUCAUAUAAGUUAUUUUUCUAUUAAACGUGGUCUUAGUCAAACCCAUGGCUAAAUGUACAUAUAAUUAUUAUAAUUAUUAUAAGUGGAACUGAA